AUGGCUUUACUCGCGAGAAACAUCUGUAAAACAUUUUCUCAGGCUGCUCAGAAGAGCACUCUUAGAACUCUGCAUAUAGGAGUGAUACGACAGCAAGAAUCAGCAGUUGAACAAGAAGGAAAGUUGAAAUGUACAUUGAUACCAGGAGAUGGUGUUGGACCAGAACUUGUAGUUGCAGUUCAGAGUGUGUUCAAAGCUGCGGAUGUCCCGGUUGAAUUUGAACCUUAUUUCCUAUCAGAAGUAAAUCCAACUCUGAGUGCUCCUUUGGAUCAAGUCUCAAAUAGUAUUGCUAGAAAUCGAGUCUGUUUAAAGGGUAUUCUAGCAACUCCAGAUCAUUCUAUGACAGGAGAGUUGCAAACCUUGAACAUGAAACUACGUAAAAGCUUGGAUUUAUAUUCAAAUGUAGUACAUGUUAAAUCUCUACCAGGUAUCAGAUCACGUCAUCAGAAUGUAGAUUGUGUUAUUAUCAGAGAACAAACAGAAGGAGAAUAUUCCGCAUUAGAACAUGAAUCUGUCAAAGGAGUGGUAGAAUGUCUAAAAAUUGUAACUGCUACUAAGAGUCAGAGAAUUGCAAAAUUUGCCUUUGAUUAUGCUGUAAAAAAUAAUCGCAAAAAAGUUACAUGUGUUCACAAAGCUAACAUAAUGAAACUCGGCGAUGGGCUUUUCCUCAAAUCGUGCCAAGAGAUUGCUAAAAUGUAUCCCAGGAUUACGUUCGAGACGAUGAUUGUCGAUAAUUGUACCAUGCAGAUGGUCUCCAAUCCACAUCAGUUCGACGUCAUGGUAAUGCCGAAUCUAUAUGGAAAUAUUGUAGAUAAUCUCGCAUCCGGCUUAGUUGGUGGUGCUGGAGUGGUCGCUGGUGCCAGUUAUAGCGCCGAAUGUGUCGUUUUUGAACCGGGUGCAAGGCAUACAUAUUCUGAAGCGGUCGGGAAGAAUGUUGCGAAUCCGACAGCGAUGUUACUAUGCGCAGUAAAAUUGUUGAAUCAUGUGAAUCUCAAACGUUAUGGCGAGCAAAUCCGGGAAGCAUUGAACCGCGUGUUGAAUGACGGAAAAGUGCUCACAAAGGAUCUAGGCGGGCAAAGCUCGACAUCGGAAUUUGUCACUGCCGUAAUAAGUAGCCUGCGUUAACGAUAAUGCUUAUGUAAUAUAAAACACAGAUAUAUAGAUCCUCUGUCAAACUCAUCUUCUUGAAAUUAUCUAUGAUAUCUGGAACAACUAUGUAAAGUGUAGUGCAUCCCUUAUAGGAUAUAGCUAUAACUAUAUAUAUAACUCUAACACUAUAUAAAUACAUACAUAUAUAUAUAGAAUAUUAUAGAAUUUGUAAAAUUCUAUAAUUGCAUAGGGGGAAAUAUAUUUAUAUUCCUGUCUAAUAAUAGUAAUGCAUUGUACGUUCUAUGAACAAAAAGGAUUUUAAAAUUCUUUGCAGAUUACUGAUUCAUGUAUGAAAAUCAAACUGUGAUGUUCAAAUGCAUAAUUAAUUUUAUAAUAGUACAAUAUACCAAUUGUAUUAUAUCUGUAAUAAAUUAUGUUAUCUUAUACAUUCUAUUCUAAAAGUA